GCGCUGGGGGAGAGAGAGAGGGAGAGAGAGAGAGAGAGAGGGAGGGAGAGAGAGAGAGAGAGAGAGUGAGUGUGUGUGUGUGUGUGAGUGUGUGUGAGUGUGUGGUGAGUGUGGUGUGUAUGUGUUCGCGGGGCGCCGUCUCAGCCCGGGGAAGAUGGUGGCGGCGGCGGCGGCGGCGACUGAGCCGGGGCUGAGGAGGAGGGCCGUGGCGACGGCAGCGGCCUCGGCCGCGGACAGGAAGGGCGGGCUGCCCCGAGACCGGGACGUGCCCGAGGUCGGGAGGCCGGGGCCGGGGGCCGCGCUGCGCCUCCCGCGGACGCCGUCGUCGUGGCUGCGGCCGCGGCUGCUCCUGCAGCUGCUCUUCUCGUUGCUACUGCUGUUGCCGCCCUGGGAGGCCGAGGCCGCGGCGGCGGCGGCGGCUGUGGCGGGUUCAGCCUCAGCCGAGGCCAAGGAGUGUGACCGGCCCUGUGUCAACGGCGGCCGCUGCAACCCCGGCACCGGGCAGUGCGUCUGCCCCGCAGGCUGGGUGGGCGAGCAAUGCCAGCACUGCGGGGGCCGCUUCAGACUUACUGGAUCAUCUGGGUUUAUAACAGAUGGACCUGGAAAUUAUAAAUACAAAACAAAAUGCACAUGGCUCAUUGAAGGACAGCCAAAUAGAAUAAUGAGAUUUCGUUUCAAUCAUUUUGCUACAGAGUGUAGCUGGGACCAUUUAUAUGUUUAUGAUGGGGACUCGAUUUAUGCACCACUAAUUGCUGCCUUUAGUGGCCUCAUUGUUCCUGAGAGAGAUGGCAAUGAGACUGUCCCUGAGGUCAUUGCCACAUCAGGUUAUGCACUGCUGCAUUUUUUUAGUGAUGCUGCCUAUAAUUUGACUGGAUUUAAUAUCACUUACAGUUUUGACAUGUGUCCGAAUAAUUGCUCAGGCCGAGGAGAAUGUAAGAUCAGUAAUAGCAGCAACACUGUGGAAUGUGAUUGUUCUGAAAGCUGGAGAGGUGAAUCAUGUGAUAUUCCUCAUUGUACAAACAACUGUGGUUUUCCUCAUCGAGGCAUCUGCAAUUCAAGUGAUGUCAGAGGAUGCACCUGCUCCUCCCAGUGGCAGGGUCCUGGAUGUUCAAUUCCUGUGCCAGCAAAUCAGUCUUUUUGGAUUCAAGAGGAAUAUUCCAACUUAAAGCUCCCUAGAGCCUCUCAUAAAGCUGUGGUCAAUGGAAAUAUUAUGUGGGUUGUUGGAGGAUAUAUGUUUAAUCACUCUGAUUACAACAUGGUUCUAGCGUAUGACCUGGUUUCUAGAGAAUGGCUUCCACUAAACCAUUCUGUGAACAAUGUGGUUGUUAGAUAUGGUCAUUCUUUGGCAUUAUAUAAGGAUAAAAUCUACAUGUAUGGAGGAAAAAUUGAUUCAACAGGGAAUGUGACCAAUGAGUUGAGAGUAUUUCAUAUUCAUAAUGAAUCAUGGGUGUUGUUAAUCCCUAAAGCAAAAGAGCAGUAUGCAGUGGUUGGGCACUCAGCACACAUUGUUACUCUCAAAACUGGCAGAGUGGUCAUGCUGGUCAUCUUUGGGCAUUGCCCACUCUAUGGAUAUAUAAGCAGUGUGCAGGAAUAUGACUUGGAUAAAAACACAUGGAAUAUAUUACAUACCCAUGGGGCUCUUGUACAGGGGGGCUAUGGCCACAGUAGUGUUUAUGAUAACAAGACUAAGGCCCUGUAUGUUCAUGGUGGCUACAAGGCUUUCAGUGCUAAUAAAUACCGGCUUGCAGAUGACCUUUACAGAUACGAUGUAGAAACCCAGAUGUGGACCAUUCUUAAGGACAGCCGAUUUUUCCGUUACUUGCAUACAGCUGUGAUUGUGAGUGGAACCAUGCUGGUGUUUGGAGGAAAUACACACAAUGACACAUCCAUGAGCCAUGGUGCCAAAUGCUUCUCCUCAGAUUUCAUGGCUUAUGACAUUGCUUGUGAUCGCUGGUCAGUGCUUCCCAGACCUGAUCUCUUCCAUGAUGUCAACAGAUUUGGCCAUUCAGCAGUCUUGCACAAUAGCACCAUGUAUGUGUUUGGUGGUUUCAACAGUCUCCUCCUCAGUGACAUCUUAAUGUUCACCUCAGAGCAGUGUGAAGCACACUGGAGUGAAGCAGCUUGUGUAGCAGCAGGACCUGGUGUCCGAUGUGUGUGGGACACAGAAUCGUCUCAGUGUAUCUCCUGGGAAUUAGCAACUGAAGAACAAGCAGAAAAGUUAAAAUCAGAAUGUUUUUCCAAAAGAACUUUUGACCAUGACAGAUGUGACCAGCACACAGAUUGUUACAGCUGUACAGCCAACACCAAUGACUGCCACUGGUGCAAUGAUCAUUGUGUUCCUAUGAACCACAGCUGCACAGAAGGCCAGAUCUCCAUUUCCAGGUAUGAGGGUUGCCCCAAGGAUAACCCCAUGUACUACUGUAAUAAGAAAACCAGCUGCAGGAGCUGUGCCCUGGACCAGAACUGCCAGUGGGAGCCCCGGAAUCAAGAGUGCAUCGCCCUGCCUGAAAAUAUCUGUGGCAUUGGCUGGCAUUUGGUUGGAAACUCAUGUUUGAAAAUUACUACUGCUAAGGAGAAUUACGACAAUGCUAAAUUGUCCUGUAGGAACCACAAUGCCUUUUUGGCUUCCCUCACAACCCAGAAGAAGGUGGAAUUUGUCCUUAAGCAAUUGCGAAUGAUGCAGUCAUCACAGAGCAUGUCCAAGCUCACCUUAACCCCGUGGGUUGGCCUUCGGAAGAUCAACGUGUCUUACUGGUGCUGGGAAGAUAUGUCUCCUUUUACAAAUAGUUUACUGCAGUGGAUGCCAUCUGAGCCCAGUGAUGCUGGCUUCUGUGGAAUAUUGUCAGAGCCCAGCACUCGGGGAUUGAAGGCUGCAACCUGUAUCAACCCACUCAAUGGCAGUGUUUGUGAAAGGCCUGCGAACCACAGUGCCAAGCAGUGUCGGACACCAUGUGCCCUAAGGACAGCAUGUGGCGAGUGCACCAGUAGCAGCUCCGAGUGCAUGUGGUGCAGCAACAUGAAGCAGUGUGUGGACUCCAAUGCUUAUGUGGCCUCCUUCCCUUUUGGCCAGUGCAUGGAGUGGUAUACGAUGAGCAGCUGCCCUCCUGAAAAUUGUUCAGGAUACUGUACCUGCAGCCAUUGCUUGGAGCAGCCAGGCUGUGGCUGGUGUACUGAUCCCAGCAAUACCGGGAAAGGGAAAUGCAUCGAGGGCAGCUAUAAAGGACCAGUGAAGUUGCCUUCACAGGCCCCUACAGGAAAUGCCUAUCCACAGCCCCUUCUGAAUUCCAGCAUGUGUCUAGAGGACAGCAGAUACAACUGGUCUUUCAUUCACUGUCCAGCUUGCCAGUGCAAUGGUCACAGCAAAUGUAUCAACCAGAGCAUUUGUGAGAAGUGUGAAAACCUUACCACGGGCAAGCACUGUGAGACCUGCAUAUCUGGCUUCUAUGGCGAUCCAACCAAUGGAGGCAAAUGUCAGCCAUGCAAGUGUAACGGGCAUGCAUCACUGUGCAAUACCAACACGGGCAAGUGCUUCUGCACCACCAAAGGUGUCAAGGGGGAUGAGUGCCAGCUAUGUGAGGUAGAAAAUCGAUACCAGGGAAACCCUCUCAAAGGAACAUGUUAUUAUACUCUUCUUAUUGACUAUCAGUUCACUUUUAGCCUGUCACAAGAAGAUGACCGCUAUUACACAGCCAUCAAUUUUGUGGCUACUCCUGAUGAACAAAACAGGGAUUUGGACAUGUUCAUCAAUGCCUCUAAAAACUUCAACCUCAAUAUCACCUGGGCUGCCAGCUUCUCAGCUGGAACCCAGGCUGGAGAAGAGAUGCCUGUUGUUUCAAAAACCAACAUCAAGGAAUACAAAGAUAGCUUCUCUAAUGAGAAGUUUGAUUUUCGAAACCAUCCAAAUAUCACUUUCUUUGUUUAUGUUAGUAAUUUCACCUGGCCCAUUAAAAUUCAGAUUGCCUUCUCCCAGCAUAGCAAUUUUAUGGACCUGGUACAGUUCUUCGUGACUUUCUUCAGUUGCUUCCUCUCGUUGCUCCUGGUGGCUGCCGUGGUUUGGAAGAUCAAACAAAGUUGUUGGGCCUCCAGACGUAGAGAGCAACUUCUUCGGGAGAUGCAACAGAUGGCCAGCCGUCCCUUUGCUUCUGUCAAUGUUGCUUUGGAAACAGAUGAAGAGCCUCCUGAUCUUAUAGGGGGGAGUAUAAAGACUGUUCCUAAACCCAUUGCCCUGGAACCGUGUUUUGGCAACAAAGCUGCUGUGCUCUCUGUGUUUGUGAGGCUCCCUCGAGGCCUGGGUGGAAUCCCUCCCCCUGGUCAGUCAGGUCUUGCUGUGGCCAGCGCUCUGGUGGACAUUUCUCAGCAGAUGCCAAUAGUGUACAAGGAGAAGUCAGGAGCAGUAAGAAACCGGAAGCAACAGCCCCCUGCACAGCCUGGAACUUGUAUUUGAUACUGGGCCAGUGACUCUCGCACACAGAAGGGCAUGUGGCCUAUCAAGCCAUCUACAGGAGAGGGUGCAGGCAGGGAAAUGGCCAUACAGUAUGGAGCAGAAAACUGGAAACCCUAGACGCAUCCAUCUCAACUGCAUGAUCACAGCUUUGUUGAUGGUCUCUCCAUCUAUGCCCAGCAUCUAACCCUUUACUUUUGUGUUGGAAGGAAAUGAUUGCUUUAAUUCCAGGUCCAGGAAUAGCUGCUUGUUGCUGGAGGAGGCCAGCAUACGGCCAGUGAGAGGAUUAGGAAUGACACCAGGGGUGACUUGUAAAACUCUUCUUGGGACUGUGUCAAUAGCAAAAAAAAAGUGUUUACAAGUAGACCUUUGUCCUCGGUUCUCCAAUAUAAUCUUUUAAACACUAGUCAGAUGAAUUGUUUUCAUCUGAAGCCUACUAACUUUUUAAAAGGUGUGCUGAUACUCUCUUCCAGGAAAUAGCUUUUUUCUAGUUAACAUUAAUAAUAAUGGUCUCUUUGGAAUUCAUAUUAAAGUAGAAUAGAUGGGGCAAUUUUAAAAAUCAUGGUUGGCAGUGUUAGAAUGUAAAUGGAUGUGCUGUAGCAACUUGAUUAAUCUUUUAUCAUUUGAAAUACUCUUCCAUACUUCCACUCAUACACACUAAGUGCCUAGGUUUUAAAUAGAUCUAGCAAUUGGAAAGUUAGUAAGCCUAUGAUUCUACAUAGUUACAUUCCUAUAACAUUUAAAUAGCUACCAUCAGCCAUCUACUCUUUUCAUAAAAUCUUAUUUGCAGCCAGGAAAGAAUUUUCUCACCCCAAGGAAUAUUUGACAUGGCAAUAGAGACUAACAACAGCAGAAGGAACUAAUUUGUGAAAGCUCCUUUUUUAUUGUUCUCAGAAAGGACACUCAUUGUCAAGGUACAGUCCCCAUGCCCACCAGCCCCUGCCUGGUGCCACUUCAGUGAUGCUUGAUCAGCCCUCUGGUUCUUACUCCAGACCACCACCACAGAGAAAUGAACUUACUCAUGUCAUCUGUCUCCUUUAAGUAGAAAAGACCACCAAGUGCAUGUAGGAUACCUGCCAUCCUGCAGCCUUCUCUGAACCUGUAGGUCAUCCUCAGACUAGUUGGAGUAGACACUAGGAGAGGGACCACCCCUGCUUUUAGACAGCACCUGCCUAGAGAAGAGCCUGGAACCAAUUUGCCCUUUCUCCCCCAAAGUAGAGCUUGGCCCACUCGUCGUCCUCCCAGACCCCACUGGUGAUGACUGGUCAUUAAAAAGUGAGUUGGGUGUGGUGGCGCACGCCUUUAAUCUGAGGCAAAGGUAGGAGGAUCGCCGUGAGUUCGAGGCCACCCUGAGACUUCAUAGUGAAUUCCAGGUCAGCCUAAGCUAGAGUGAGACCCUACCUCGAAAAACCAAACAAAAAAGUUUAUAAAGGUGAAAAGCACAUAGAAAGAAUGGAAAGGAAGAGCCCCUCUGCCAAAUGGAAAAUGACCAAAUUCAAGAGGGUAAGACAGUCCCCAGCUCUGUCCAUAGGGCCCUUGCUGGAUGUUGUGUCCCCAUUUAUGGUGCUCUGCAUAUGGUGUUAUGCAGCAGCAGCAAUGCUUCAGCUUAUGACUAGGAGCAGUUAACACUCACAAAGAACAAACACUGCAGCAUUUCACCUUUAAAUGCAGUGCCUCGUACAGAGGGAAUAUUUCCUUUAAUUCCACGUUAGGAAGAAGCUCCUGGAAAAUGUAUCUAAAGAAGUUGAACCAGAAAACACUUAUGCACAAAAGCACUUCUAUUGUAAGACUCUCUUAACAAACUUUUUCAUAUCAUUUUUAGAGCAGACAGUUUUAGAAGAAAGAUUCCUCCCCCCCCCCCCCCAAACACACACCAGUUAGAAGCCUCUGCCGACCCUUCCAGAACACAGCACCUGAAGUGGCCUGGCCCUUCAUCCCUGUAAGUACUAGGAAGCCUCUCUUCAAGGAAGAUCUUCCUGGUUUGUUCAAAGGACCAAAUUAUCUUGGCCAAAGAAAUCUCUUUUCCCAUGUUAGUCCCAUGCCUUGAAAUAACAUGCAUUAUGACCCCCAACCCCAAGCCAUCUUGUUACAUCUUUCUUUUCCUAAGAGAUAAUGCUUAUUUUUUAAAAGGAAAAAGCAAGUGAGUUUUAAUUCUGCUCCAGGAGUGGAGAAACAGCUUGUCCUACCUGCUUCCUUACAGCCAGCAGCAAAUAGCUUCCUCCCAGUUUGAAGCAGAAGUAAGUGCAGGGAGGAAGCGAAGCCAGUUACCAAGAGUGGGUUGUCACCUGGUAACUUUGUGUGUCACAGGAGAACUUGUAUAUAAAAGUCAUGAAGAUAUUAACCUUGAACUUGUACAUACAGUAGUGUCCAGAAUGUUGGUAUUCAGAGUGUACAUAAAACAGAAAAGGUAUAAUGUAUUUUUAUUAAAUACAUCUGAGUUUCAUCUAAUGCUUCGGUGCCAUAUACUGGGUAUCUAAGCUCUGGGAAGUCCUCUUGCCAGGCCCUGACACCUGAGGCCAAGCAUGAAGUGACACCACCGUGGCUCUGAAAGCUCUUUGUGAAUCUUCUGGCAGCCUUUUAGUAUCCUGGGAGGCAAGGGGCCACCAGUCCACUCCUGAGAUGUCUCACAGUCUUUAAUUUUAAGGACUAUAACCUCUGGGCAUCAGACUUUGCAAAACAGGGCUCUCUAGGCUUCAUUUUCUUGUGGCUUUAUCUAAAUUACAGGUGACCUUUUCUGACAACCAUAAUCUUUUAAGGCUGAAAACCAGGGGUGAGAGGGAAAGGGCUCACUUGUUAAUGAAGAGCUCCUUUUCCCCAUGAAGAUCUCACAUCCACGCCUCCUGUCCCCCUCCCUACACAGUCUAGAGAACCCUCUGGGGUUCACCUGUAAAGGUGAGAGGAGAUGUGGAGCUAACCUGGAAGAAGACUGUCAGCCAAAAGAAAAUACCAGAAUGUCUGUAAGGCUUGAAGAGUAUAAACAGGUAUUCAUUAGGAAAUAGGGUAAGUAAGGUCAGAGCACUCUGGUAGGAAAAGACAUUGACCUGCCAGUGCCCAUCUUGUUCCUUUAACUUAAUGGAGUACAGUAUGGAGAAGGGGGAAGAUUCACUUCCUUAAAGAAUGGUGGUGGUUUCAUGAAUACCUUUGGCUUUAAUCCUUCAAGCCCAUGAAUUCAUACAUUCAACAUAUUUACUAAACACUAACCUAAGCUAACGCUAAGGCAGUGACCUAGAGGAAAAAGUCAUGUCAUCCCAAGAGCUUUCCUUCAAGGAAAGACAUCUGGCACUAAGGGCAGCAAGACAAGAGUCCUUUUUCUCUAGGGUGGGCCCCAUGGCUUCCUUGAAGAAACUGAACUGUUUACCCUGUUGACCAAACUAGUUCCAGACACAAAACCCCAAGAUGGCUUCUGGAUGGCUGAGCAGAGCCACUGGAGCUCUGUACCCUGCCUACAGGGAGACCUCUGGGAGAAUGGAGGGAAACUGGCACCUUCUCUCCCUCCCGAAGUCAACAAUGGAAGCAACUCUCAGAAACAGCAUCUGUGCACAAACAUUUGGAACACUAGUGAAGCCUGUUUCAUUGAACUAAUUCUGCCUCUUGAAAUGGUUUUGUUUUCUAGUUAUUUACUGUUUUCUUUUUGUUGUUUGGAUUCAAGUUUAGUUUGUUAAUAUGUACAAUUUAGCAUCUAUUGCACUCAUGUAAAUAUGGAGUAAGUAUUGUAAACUAUUUCAUUGCUGGGAUUGUGGGUGUUAUACAUACAUUUAGGACUGCAAUUUUUUGGUAUUUUUUGUAUUGUAAAAUAACAGCUAAUUUAAGCAGGAACAAGAGAAUUAAGGGAGGUCUGUGCAUUUUAAACACAAAUGUGAAGCACUUGUAUAUAAACAAAAGUAAAUAGUAUAAUACAAAUGUCCUUCUGAAAUAAAAGUAGAUCUGGUAAAAA